UCGUACGUGCCAUUGAAGGGCAGGAUGAAGGCAGAGGCUGGCCUUCAUCCUGACCAUUCAGUGGAGGGUUUAAGGGCCUUGGAGUUUCAUAUAAAAAAAAGAAAACAUCAGCCGCAAGAGGGAGUUUUUUGGGGGGGGCAUCGACAGGCAAACAGAAAACUGAGCAAGGGUUUGGGCAAGAAACGAAAGGAGAGCUGAGCUAGAGAUUGACAGCCAGAAAUCUAGAAAGAGAAAAGGGAAAAAGCAAAAGAAAAACCAGGAGAGUUUUGAGAGUUAACGGUGUCGGUGAAGGUGUUCGGCAUUUGGGCAGUAACCGCAGCCAGGGGGAGGAUUUGGGAGAUAGGUUUCGAAGAGAGAAAAGAGAGCAAGAGAGGGGCGGCUGGGUUUUGAGCAAGAAACAAAAAGAGAACUGGGAAGAGAGCCGAGAGAGUUAGGAAAGAAAAACUGAGAAAGGUGAGGGAAAAGAGCGGCGGCCAGAAGAGGAAAUUUUCCAGAAAAUCUGCUAUCCACGCUGACUUUCUGUUAUCUUUGGAGGCAAUUUUCUCUAUGGAUUUGGCCCCUUAUUGUAGAUUUAGACAAUCUGGAACAUCUACAGCGUAAUGGGAGUGUUUUCCAUUCAGAAAUCUUGAAGGGGAAACCACAGAAAGAUAGCCAAAUCUGGAGCCAAAGUGAUGACUCCAUCUGUGCCGAAGUUCUGCGGCGGCAUUAUUAAUCCCGUUUCUGCAAUCAGUGUGCAUCCCCUCGACAACAUUUCACGUUCAACUGGCCAUGAAAUCUUCCUCAGGUAGUAUAUAGCUACCCGAAAAGCCCCAUUAUCACCCGAUCGCGUAGCUGAGCUUCAAGAGAUAGUGUAAACAUGAGUACCCAUCCAGAAUCGUCUGAUAGGCCCGCCACCACAUCACCGACUGACUUGGCAAGUAUGGGAGCUCAACUGAGCGAAGUUCUAAACCGAUUUAAUGAGCUGAGCGUUGAAAUGAUGGCCCAACGGCGCAUAAUCGAUCAAUUGGUAGCUAGUGGUGCUAGCGAUGAACAACAUGAGCCCUUACCUCCUGGCCAAUCUGGACCUCAACCCAUAUUUUUACCUUAUACUCAAACCUUUGUUACUUCACAAGUCAUAAACCCACCUGAGGAAGCCUUUACUUAUUCCACUCAUGGCCCGCAACCUGCUCAUGUACCUCACAUCCAAACAAACCCUCCUCAUGUCCAAAUUCCCCAAAAUUAUCCGCCAAUUACUAUGAGCAUGGCAUUCGAGCCACGGGGACCUUAUUAUUACCCCACCGCUGAGCCGUUCACCCUAGAUACCGCUGCUCAAGGGAAAAUUGAAGCCGGGGAGUCAUCCGCACCAGUGGAUAAGAAUUUGCUAAAGCGAUUGGAUCGGUUUGAGGAUUUCAUAAGGAAAAGCCAAGGCUUGAACAAACAAGGAGGGUUGGACUACAACGAGCUGUGCCUAUUUCCGGAUAUGCAAUUGCCCAUGGGUUUCAAAACCCCCAAGUUUAGCAAGUAUGAUGGAACGGGCAACCCCAAGACGCACCUCCGAAUGUUUGCCAACAAGUUGGGUAAGCCAAUAGAUGACGAGAAUCUACCAGUUCGUUUGUUUCCUGAAAGCUUAGAAGGUGACGCGUUGGAUUGGUAUUCCAAUUUGAAGCCUGAGGAUAUGAGAUCUUGGAUGGAUUUGUCAACUGCUUUUAUGAGGCAAUACGAAUACAAUUGCGAGCUCGCUCCAACGAGGGCCACACUUGAGGGGACUAAAAGAAAACCAUCUGAGGACCACAAGACGUACGCGAAGAGAUGGAGGAAAUUGGCCGCCAAGGUGGAGCCUCCUAUGACUGAAAACGAGAUUGUUCGCACGUUCAUCAAAGCUCAUGACCCGCCUUACUUUGAGGAAAUUUUUCGAAUGACCGGGUGUUCCUUUGCCGAAAUUGUCAAUAAAUUGGAAGAAUUUGAUGAGUUUGUGAAGGCCGGAAAAAUUAUUAAUGUGUCAACAUUGAAGAUGCAACUAGAGGCUCUGCAAGGCCAGAAUGUCAGUGGGAAAAAAUCCCAAUCUAAGGGAAAAGAAGAGGAAACUGCUUUUGUUGGGAAUCAGGGCCCCUCGGCCAGACCUAGAUUUUCAAACCGCCUUGCUUAUUCAUCACCCUAUCCAUGCUAUCCAAACUUCCGUCCUAUCCAUCAUACUACUAUUAACCAUUCUCGACCUCGACCAAAUUAUCCAAAUGUACUCACACCACCCUUUCAAAAUCCUCAACCAAGUCUCCAAACUAGACCUCGCCCUCCUUUUAACCCAAGACCUAUUCCACCCCCUAGCCCAAAUUACUACUACCAACAAAUCAGUGACACCCAAAAUUCAACAUCAAACCGAACCUUCACCAAUCUAGGUCGGCCUGUUGACCAAUUAUAUGAGCAAUUAAAAGCUGUUGGGAAAAUUGGUGUUAUACCUCCUAAAAUCUAUUCCAAUCGCUUUCCUUCUGACUAUGACCCUCAAGCGGUCUGCGCUUAUCAUUCUGGAGCUCCCGGGCAUUCCACCAAUGAUUGUCGGGCAUUGAAACAUGAAAUCCAGGAUAUGAUCGAAUUCGGAGAAAUAGUGCUAAGGAAAAAGGGUGAACAGGGACAGAGCAUAAGUACAAAUCCCUUUCCCGAACACAAGGACGCCUUUGAGGCAUCCAACCCCAAUGAAGAAAUUUGAGAAUCCUGGAAUGGGCUGAAUUAGUGAGAUUCCUCUCCCUUGAAGGGAAUUUCGAUAAAUUUGGGGAGUUGUUUUGGUUAAAACCAAUGAAAAUCGUUCAUACAUGUGUCUUUUGUUUAACUAUGUUUUUUUUUUUUGUUUUUUGUAAAUAGUUUUCAAUCAAGUGACUGCCAAAGACACGUUUCAUAAGUUUGGUUUUGUCUGGAAAUUCAAUAAAAUGUACAGUUUUAUAUAUUGUGACUUACACAUUCUUUUCAGAUGGCCCAGAAUAAAAUCGUCUGACCCUUUGGAUAUCACUGUUCAGAAAUUUGAUGGCAGCGAUCUCACGAAUGUGAAUUUGAAUUUCCAAAUGAAAGGAGUAGGGGAAGAGACAUUCGAAAAUGUUUCAAAGAAGCCUGACUGAAAAAAAAAAGAAGAAGUUCAAGCAGAAUCAGGAUCGAGAUUAGAAAUAAGAAGCAGUUAAACACUGUCCAUCAUGGUCAAUAUGAUCGAAAGGAUUGGUCCGUGAUUACUCUUAAAGGGACAAAUCAGGAUCAUUCAGGCGAGAAGACAAAGCAUUAAGGUGAGUUUCGUCAGUACAAAAUGAAGCCAAAAGGAGAGUUUGCCGCAAAUGGGUAUGGUGCUCUUAUCAUCAAAAGGGUAUCGCCUGGUGGAGCACUUGUUCCCUCAAUCAAUCAACUCGGAGAUGUGUAAGAAAUUUUCAUCUGAUAAAUGAAAGUUUUCUUUUAGAGUUAAUGUGAAGAAUGGAAUGAGAGUCAGGCCCUUUUCUUUUCCCAUUAAGACAUUAUAUCCCUAGUUAUCCCUUUUGAGCCUGGAGAAUAGAUCAUUUCAUUUGACAACCUCUGAGAAUCGCAAACCCCACACUGGGGCAAAUUUAGUUUGAAAGGAAAGGAAA